CCUCACUUGGCUCUCGCCCUCCGGCCGGGAAGCAUGGAACUGCCCGGGCUCCUCUGCGCCUUCUUGCUCGCCGCCUGCUGCUGCUGUCGCCGCGCCGCGGGUGUGCCUGGAGAGGCGGAGCAGCCCGUGCCCGAGCUGGUCGAGGUGGAAGUGGGCAGCACGGCCCUUCUGCAGUGUGGACCCCCCCGUUCCCAAGGCAACCUCAGCCAUGUGGACUGGUUUUCUGUCCACAAGGAGAAGCCCACACUCAUCUUCCGCGUGCGCCAGGGCCAGGGCCACAGCGAACCCGGGGAGUACCAGCACCGGCUCAGCCUCCAGGGCAGAGGGGCUACUUUGGCCCUGACUCAAGUGACCCCCCAUGAUGAGCGCAUCUUCCUGUGCCAGAGCAAGCGCCCUCGUUCCCAGGAGCACCGCAUCCAGCUCCGUGUCUACAAAGCUCCAGAGGAGCCAACCAUCCAGGGCAGUGUCUUGGGUAUCCCUGUGAACAGUGAGGAGCCUGAGGAGGUUGCCACCUGUGUGGGGAGGAAUGGGUACCCCGUUCCUCAAGUCAUCUGGUACAAGAACGGUCGGCCACUGAAGGAGGAGAAGAAUCGGGUCCACAUUCAGUCAUCCCAGAUCGUGGAGUCGAGUGGUCUGUACACCUUGCAGAGUGUUCUGAAGGCACAGCUGGUAAAGGAAGACAAAGAUGCCCAGUUUUACUGUGAGCUCAACUACCGGCUGCCCAGUGGGAACCACAUGAAGGAAUCUAGGGAAAUCACCGUUCCCAUUUUCUAUCCAGCAGAAAAAGUGUGGCUGGAAGUGGAGCCUGUGGGAAUGCUAAAGGAAGGAGACCACGUGGAGAUCAGAUGCUUGGCUGACGGCAACCCACCACCCCACUUCAGCAUCACCAAGAAGAACCCCAGCACCAGAGAGAUGGAGGAAGAGAUAAGCAACGACGAUGGGAUCCUGGUCUUGGACCCAGCCCAGAAGGAGCAUAGUGGGCUCUAUGAAUGUCAGGGCCUGGACUUGACCACCUUGUUAUCACUGCAAAGUGAACCACAGGAGCUGCUGGUGAACUAUGUGUCUGAUGUCCGAGUGAGUCCCGCAGCCCCCGAAAGCCAGGAAGGCAGCAGCCUCACCCUGACCUGUGAGGCGGAGAGUAACCAGGCCCUCCAGUUCCAGUGGCUGAGAGAGAAGACAGGCCAGGUGCUGGGAAAUGGGCCUGUGUUCCAGUUACACAACUUGAAACGGGAGGCAGGUGGAGGCUACCGCUGUGUGGCAUCUGUGUCCAGCAUACCCAGCCUGAACCGCACCCAGCUGGUCAAUGUGGCCAUUUUUGGGCCCCCAUGGAUGGCACUAAAGGAGAGGAAGGUGUGGGUGAAGGAGAACACACUGGUGAAUCUGUCUUGUGAAGCAUCAGGAUAUCCGCGGCCCACCAUCUCCUGGAAUGUCAAUGGCACGGCAAGUGAACAAGACCAAGAUCCGCAGAGUGUCCUGAGCACCCUGAGUGUCCUCGUGACCCCAGAGCUGCUUAAGAAAGGCGCUGAAUGCAAGGCCUCCAACUCCCAGGGCAAAAACACCACCACCAUCUUCCUGGAGCUGGUCAGUUUCACAACCCUCACACCAGACUCCAGCAAAACCACUGGCCUCGGCACCUCCACUGUCAGUCCUCAUGCCAGAGCCAACAGUACCUCCACAGAGAAGAAGCUGCCUGAGGUGGAGAGCAAGGGCGUGGUCAUCGUGGCUGUGAUUGUGUGCAUCCUGGUUCUGGCUGUGCUGGGCGCCGUCCUCUACUUCUUCUACAAGAAGGGCAAGCUGCGGUGUGGGCGCUCAGGCAAGCAAGAGAUCACGCUGCCCCCGUCUCGUAAGAGUGAAUUUGUAGUUGAAGUUAAGUCAGAUAAGCUCCCAGAAGAGAUGGGCCUCCUACAGGGCGGCAACGGUGACAAGAGGGCUCCAGGAGACCAGGGAGAGAAAUACAUCGAUCUGAGGCACUAGCCGCUGAAGCCCACUCGGGUCCCUUCCCUGCCUGGAAUGUCUGCGGCUCGCUGCUCACUCUUCUGCCGUCAACGCCUCCAAAGGGAUUACAGAGAAAACUCCUUCUCCAGCUCACCUGCAGACCUCUUCAGAGGGCUAAUGGGCUAGGACAGAGCUGUCCAAAGAAGGACAUCCCUUGGCCCUGGAGGCCCCCUUUUCAGGGACUAGUCCACCAUUGUCUCUGUUGAGUGAAGCUCAUCCCAAGGAAAGGGGCCUCAGUCUCCCAGGAGUGGUGGAUAGGAGAGUUUCUUGCAGAACAUGUUUUCUCUGUACACAUACUCAUAUUAUGGCUGUAAAUACCUGUCUGCUGCCUGCAGCUGAGUUGGGUAUCCUCCUUGUGAGCUGGUUUCCCGCCCCAAAAGCUGGCUUCAGUGAUUCAGCUGCAGCACUGGAGCGAAGAUGCA